AUGACCUCGGGUGACGCCGACUCCCCAAGCCGACAUCCCUUGGUAGUUGCCUUGAGGGCGCUCCUGCGGGUAACUCAUGGCAAUCUGGGCCGUGCCACCCGCGGUGCAGUCAGGGAUGCUGCGAUUUCUGCGCACCAAGCCGCACUGCAAGGCUCAAUGGGUGUACACGAUGUGGCAGCAGAACAGCGGGACGAGCUGCAGCACAAGCUGCAGGUGUGCGGGUCUGGUGAACACUCAGAGUCGGUGAGGCUCGUUUGGGAUACUUUGAUUCUUGCACGUGAAGCGCCGCGGGAUGAAGGCCUGGACCUUGACGAGAUGGAGGAGUUGGUGCUAGCACAUCUGCUGGCGUUUCCAGAGAUAUUGGCGCAAUCUCUUGUGGUGAACUUGUUUCAGCAGGUUCAUCUAGGACAGAGCUUCCUUCACGAAGAAGAGAGGACAAUUGAUGUCAACGCAGUGCUUCGGGAGCUGCAGCCACGGCUAGAGAAGCACAAGGCGACUUCACUCCGUAUUGCAGAGCAGUGUUGUGCCCAUCUGCAAACUCGGUCUGAGACCUUGGCUGACAAGUUGCUCAGGCGGAUGGACUUGGAUGGAGAUGGCUUUGUUGGCGAGUCAGAGUUCUUCACGGCGGCCGUACAUGCGCUGGCCCUGGAGGUGGAGAAUCUUGCUGUGUCUGUUGGGGUGAAGCAGCUGCUGAACGAAAGCAGUUUUGCAGAUGACUUCCAUGAGGAUUGCAGCCUAAAGAUUGACAUGACUGAGUCAGCAGAGCUCCUGCGAAGAGGCCAUGGGAAGCACCUUGGCGCGAAGUUCUGA